AUGCAAAAUAUCCACCAUUUUCUUUUUACUUUACUAUAUUUUACACCGUUUCCUUUCAGAGUAACGUCUAACGCCGAAAUCACUUUCUUGGACAACAUUGGAGUGGCAACACCCGAUACCAAAUUUAAGGUCAAAAUCUUGAGCAUGUGGAAUUUUGUACCAAAAGGAAAGAAAGAAGUUAUGUCCAUUGAAUUAAUCGUUAUGGAUGAACAGCUAAACUGUCCGCAAAACUCGUGUUUUGAUGUAAUUGGACAUAUUAUCUCUCGUCGUGAGCUUGAUACAUCUAAUCCGAUGCAAUCAAAACACAACAUGAAGAUCACCUUAAGUGAUAUAGAGGGUACAGAGCUUAGGAUUACUCUCUUUGGAAAUCAAGCUCAUCAACUCAAUGAAUAUUUUUCAAAAAACACAAAUGCUUAUUGUAUUGUUGGAGUAAAAUCUUAUUGGGACGCUUCUAAUUUGUUUGUUAAUGUUGAUAUUCUAGAGAUAAACAAUUAUAGAAAAAGAUUGCAAGAGGUUGAUGGAGGAAGAAAAUUUGCAUGUAAGUUUAUUUUAAUUGGUACAAUCAAGGGAAUCCGACAGGACCAUGCAUGGUAUUAUCCUGCAUGUAAUAAAUGUGGGAAGAAAAACAUAGAGAUUUACAAUAUAAUUCACGCAUCUGAUUCCCAAAAAUGUAUAACGGAUUUGUCUACUGUGAUGUGUAAAAAUGGACUAUGCAACAUGUUUCUGAUCCCUAUCAAUGUUCAGGAUGGUACAGGGACGAUUUCAUCGACGCUUUUCGAUAAAGAUGCAAGUAAAAUGUUGGAAGCAAAUGCGGAUGAUUUGGUCAAAGUAGUUAUAGAGAGAGAGGCUGGUGAAUCUCAAUUGUUUAAUCAACAAACUGAUGUUGCUGAUUCAGAUGAGAUAAAACUUGUGAAGGAUUGUGCUUCUCAGACGGGAGAUAAUGUAACUCCUUCGACUUUAGAAAAAUCAACCGCGACCAGUCCGAUUAAACUUUUUAACAAAACCAUUGAUCUAAAGCGGAAUUUGCAUGAAGUGUAUGAUUUUGAUUCCCCCGAUUUUGAAUCAGCAACAAAGUCAAGACGUGUAUCAAGUGGUCAAAGCAUUCCUCUUUUGGUCCUAAAAAAAGAGAAGUAAAGUGUGGUUUGGUUUUUAAAAAUUCUUGAAUAAUUUGGUACUUGUUCUCGAAUAAUUUGGUACUUGUGUGUGGGAUUUUGUUUUCAAUUUCUCCGUUUUUGAUAUUUUGGAUUAUGGUUUUUUAUAUGGUCGUUAGUUGUUUUUAGAACUUUCUCAAAUUUGGAAAAACUAUUUUAUUGGUUUUGU